CCUUACACAAGGUUCACCAUUGUUGACAAAUAUUUACCAGCUAAUCCUCGUCUCUUUCAUAUAGGAUAAGACUCUCAGUUCUGGACAACUACCUGGAGUUUAAGUCCUGUUUAGCUGCGACUUUCUCAUUAUAGAAGAAGGCGUGUGAGUGUCCAGCGUGUGUGAAGUGUUGGGUAAUGUGCAGCAGUGGCAGAGUUGGAGCAGGUGUAGCUAUUAUGUGUAAGGAUCAGGUGCAGCUACUUGUGUGAGGUAAGGGAGUGUACAGUACUGUGUUGUGAGAGACGUGAGGGGCAGCAUGACGGGCGUGAGACAGCUGACGGUGCUGCUGGCCACCUACCUCCUCCUACCCGCUGGUGACGUGGGGAAGGUGGAAGCAGCCAAAAGGUGUAAAUUUAAUGGAAUUAAAUACAAGUCUGGUGAGGUGGUGUUGGAGCUGGGGGAGGCGUGCAUCACCAUCCAGUGUCAACGUAAGGUGAGCCAGAACAGUAAACCCUCCAAGCACGUAGAGCUGAUACUUCUUCCCAAGCCACUCACCUCCUGUACCUGCACCACAACCUCCAAGGCCUCCACCAACCUCAGGAGCCUCUACAUCCCUAGUGCCUCUGACCCACAGCACAGGGAUCUGAACUCUGUGUACCCUUGGUGGAAGAAAGAAAGAAAGAAUCGUCCUUGGUACAAGACAAAGCGAGCAAGUAGGAAAAAAAGGACAAAGAAAUGUAUGUAUAAUAAAGGUAAAUACAUUGCCGGGGAAACAGUAUUAAAUUUCCCUGAGCGAUGCCUGGACCUUAUCUGCAGGAAGGUCACCAAAAACAAGAGUGAACUGGCUGUACAAUACAAGAACAACUGUACCUGCUCUGACCCUUUAGAUCCUGGGCAAGAAGAUGGACAGUGUAAAUAUGCCAAGUUCACCCCAGACCACUCCUUCUGUCAGCCAAAAAACUCUGAUUGUGGGAUCAAGUUUGGAGGAGUAACUAAUACAGAGAAGAAAAAUAUUCUUCAAGUGCACAAUGAAUUUCGAAACAAGGUGGCACGGGGAGAGGAAGAGAGAGGCUCCCCGGGACCUCAACCAUCUGCUGCUAACAUGUUGGAGCUAGUGUGGAAUGAUGAACUGGCACAGGUGGCUCAGGCGUGGAGUAACACCUGCCCAACUGGCCAUGACUGCCAGAUGUGCCGCCACCUGCUCGACAGGGACUACGUUGUUGGUCAGAACCUCUAUUGGUCGUGGGGCUUCAAUGACACCGAGGAAUGGAAAUUUGCCAUUACAUCCUUUUACGAUGAGGUGGUUGAUGUGCCGAAGACUCUGGUGGACAAGUACCAAUCACUAAAUAUAUCCAGGCCCAUUGGUCACUACACACAGCUUGUAUGGGCAGAGACACAGGAAGUGGGAUGUGGGGCUGUGUACCAUGGCCCUUGUGUCUAUGGCAUUCUGAAUUUUAACUUUUGCAAGACCUAUGUGUGUAACUAUGGCCCUUCUGGUAACUUUUUGGGACGUCCCGUGUACAAGGUGGGGCCUCCAGCUUCCCAGUGUCCUACCGAGGUGUCUCCUACAUACAAGGGCCUCUGCAAGUGACUUUCUGGUACUCAUGAGGACUGAAAGUGAAAAAUGGUUAUGGGGAAACUAUGUGUUCCAAAAUACAAUAAUCAAAAUGUAACUCUCAUAUAACUAUCACCAACAAUGUUACUAUGUGUACUGUAGUGUCUUCAUCCUGAACCUUGAGUCAGGAGACAUAACUUAUGGACUAAUUUUGAGGCCAUGAUGAUGGAUGGUCUCCUAAACUCAGAGAUGGAUUUUUGCUGUCAUUGUUUAUACCCUGGUAGGCAAUGUCUAACAUUCAAUGGAUCAAUGACCAGUUAACACAAAAUAAGAUGAUCAGCAUUCCAAGAACAAGAGGCAACUAUCUUUGAGGUAUCUAAUGCUUUAAGAUACAGUAUUGAGUGUGAUGGUUCUUGGUACUGUAUAUGGUUGCUAAUUAAGAUGAUUGUUAAAGUGCAUCACUACAGCCAGGGUUAUGGCAUCACUUGUAAUAUUUCCCUACAUUAUUCAAGCUCAUGUUAAGGAUGAUGAUGAUAGACUCAAAAAACUGCAUCACAACAGUUCAGGAGCGAGAAACAAUCAACCCAUAAUCUUGUGACCAUUAGUAAAAUUUAUCUAGUGUCAGAUAUUUCUUUCUUUUUAUUAAUGCCAUCGUGUGGAAUCAAUAAAUACGAGAAUGAUCAACAAAAAUGGAGUUAAGGAAGUCUGUGAGUGACUCUACAGCGAUGUUGAAAGAUAUUAACACAUACUAAUACUGUCUUGUGGAGUUCCUUCUUCAACUGGCCAAGCCAGAGGAACCUAGUGAGUUAAUAACCAUCACAGGACCAUUCACUUGGGUCCUACCCUAAAAUAGACACAUAAUACUAAAAGAUAAAGUCAAAUAUUAAAUGUAAAUAUGUCUGUGUCAUAUAUCCCCAGUCAUUUUUCCUUGAUAUUAUUUCUUAAGAUCCUUUUUCUUUAAUAAAUAUGACUCAACAUUUUAACAGUGAUUUAUUUCAAAAAUUAAAUAUUUACAAAAUGUUACUGGAGUGUAAAUUAUUCUACAAUACAAAAUAUAACUGUAUAAAAUGUGCAAAGUGAGAAAACAGAGCAAGUGAAAAGAAACAAACUGUACUGUACUAGAAGUAUUGUUUAGCAAAUACAGUGUGUUGGAAGUUAUCUAAUAGGCUGCAGUACAGAUAAGAGAACCAAACAGAAUAACACCGCUACUUUAUCUACAGUGAUUUCAUGAACAGAGGCCAAGCUAUUUUUCACCACAGUAACAAAUUUUAAUAAUC